GCCUAGCCGAGCUCGAAUUGCGUUGAACACAACACAGCACGCGGCAUCGGCGAAAUAGUUGCGAGCACGCGAGAGUCGUAGUUUAUAACCCAUGGGAACCUGCGUAUCCGGCGAAUAGUUUCUAUCUCAAGGUUUUUCGCGGAUUCAUCUACUGAAAAAUGCCGUUGAGCCAAGAGAUCGAGACCUAUCGGCAACCCUGGGAGAGCGCCGAGAAUUGGGAACUUCGGGAGGAGUUCCUCCUGCAGUACCAGGACAACUAUGAGGAGAAUCGUCUCCUGUGCUUGGCGCAGGCCUACGUCAACGUUCUGCUCCUUGGAUGCAAUUAUCCUGACGACGUCAUGCGACAGGUUUCGGAAAUGGCGAAAGGUUUGGAGAAGGGCCAAGCUCUGCGCGAAACAAAAGAAGAAGAAAAGAAGAAACGAAAAACUGAGAACGCGGCGAAGAAGGCUCGAACCGAGGAACUGGGAAGCAGGAUCGGUCGUCCGCAAUAUAAUCGAGGAUACCAUGGCAACUAUCAUUAAGUCGAAUGCUGCCUUGUAAAUAUACAUAUAUACUUUAUAUACUAUAUCUUGUCUCAACCUAGGUACCAAUACGUGAUCCGCUACGUUGCACUAUAUCAAGCAUCAAGCACUUCUGCCGAACAUGAUGAGCUCGGACGGCAUUGUACAGCGUGCGCCUAAGCAACAUGAAGGAUUAAAAUUGUAUUCUGUAA